AUGGCAGUGGAGAUUACAUUAGCAUUUAGGAAGCUAUUGAGGCCUACCCAAAGUACUGACGAGGCCAAUGAAAUCUACAAUGAAAGCGUUACUGUGUCUGAAAAACAACAGAAUUUGUUCAUGUAUGGUGAUGGAAAUAGCAAGACCAUUGUUCCGGGAACAGGGUUCAUUGCCAAGGUUGUGGGGUUCGUGAACACAGCCGGCUCUAAUGGACACCAGGCUAUGGCUCUCCAUGUUGCAUCUGACUAUUCAACUAUAUUCGACUGCAGGAUCGAUGGUUACCAAACUUCUUUGUACGCCCAUGCUUACCGACAGUUUUACCAUAAUUGUAAAAUUUCUGGCACUAUUGGUCUCAUCUUUGGUGAUGCCACCGUCAUUAUUCAGAGUUCCACUCUCAUCGUUAGGAAGUCCAAUGAUAAAGUUGAAAAGUACGCGAUGAUAGCUCCAGUUAGAAGCAUAAGACAACAAACCACUACAAUGGUUAUCCACAAUUAUACCAUUGUCCUUGAUGAGAAGCUCUUCCCUGACAGGUUACUGUUGCUAUUGGAAACUGGAGGAGUGUUAAAAGAAUAA